AACAACUUUCAGUUCCAUUCUCUGUUCCUUCUCAAACAAACAAUGGCGUUGAUAAAAUCACCCGCGGCAAGGAUAGCGGCGGCGACGGUCCUGAUGUCACUCCUCUUCACUAUGUCACACGGCUACGGUGGGCUAGUCGGGGGAAGAAGGCCGGUUGAGGACGUGAAGACGAACAAGGAGGUACAGGAGCUGGGGAGGUUCUCGGUGGCGGAGUACAAUCGCAUGCAGAGGCAGAGCUUAAGGAGCAACGGCGGCGGUGAGCUGCAGUUCAGGGAGGUGGUGGAGGCGGAGACUCAAGUGGUUUCGGGGAUCAAGUAUUAUUUAAAGAUCUCCACCGUGAGGAAUGGACUCAAUGGAGGAACUCCUUUGUUGUUUGAUUCUCAGGUUGUCGUCAAGCCGUGGCUUCGCUCCAAGCGAUUGCUUAACUUUGCACCUCACAGUAAACCAGUUUUGAAUUAGGAGCCGGGUGUGAUCGAUCUACUCUAAUUUCUGUGUGUUUAAGUAAUGAUAAUAGAUGGUGCAUGUUCUUACUUGCUAAUCUAGUUCUCAUGGUUAAUUUUGGGGGUAUGAUGUAAUACUAUGUCUGGAUCUAUAUAAUCCCAGUUCUUAUUAGAAUCAAUAAAUGGAUAAAUAUAUAUAUAUAUAGCUCCUCGAUCUCUAUUUCUUGUUGAUCUGACCAAGUUUGUAACUGGAAAGUUGGGGUGUGCUAGUAAAAUGUUUUGGUCGUGAUUUUGAAGUUC